AUGGCUUCGGUGGUUAAGUCAUCUCGGUCGAAAGCCCCACUCCCGCAAACUGCAGACUCUCAGGAUGCCGGUAGCUUGGGCGGAAAGCAAAGCGUUAGCAUCACCGGUGGCACAGGUGGCACCGGUGGCACCGGCCACAACACCGGUUCGCUUAGUGAGAAACUGAAGGUCUUCAAGUCAUCUCAGUUCGAUCCCCAUGCUUUCGUCACAUCUAAAUGCGAAACCAUGAGUGAGAAGGAAAUAAGGCGCUUGUGCUCUUACCUUUUAGAUUUGAAGAAGGCUUCUGCCGAGGAAAUGCGUAAAAGUGUGUAUGCUAACUAUGCAGCCUUUAUACGCACAUCGAAGGAGAUUUCAGAUCUUGAAGGUGAGCUCCUUUCAAUAAGAAAUCUGCUAUCAACUCAGUCAGCUCUCAUUCAUGCUUUAGCUGAAGGAGUUCGUAUUGAUUCCUUAUCUACUGGCCCUGAAGGUUCAACAGGAAAGGAAAUUUUUACUUCUGAACAUAGGGAACCUUCUAAAAUAGAGAAAUGGUCAGUAGAAUUUCCUGAUACCCUUGAAGUUUUAUUAGCUGAGAAGAGGGUAGAUGAAGCUUUAGCUGUCCUUGAUGAAGGAGAAAGUAUAGCUGAAGAUGCAAGUGUCAGGAAAACAUUGAGCCUGGAUGCACUCUUAUCAUUGCAGACUGCUAUCGCUGAGCAUAGGCAAAAAUUGGCUGAUCAGCUUGCAGAGGCCGCUUGCCAACCUUCUAUUCAUGGUGUUGAACUCCGUUCAGUAGUAUUAGCUUUGAGAAAACUUGGGGAUGGCCCCCGUGCCCAUACUUUGCUGCUUGAUGCUCAUUACCGCAAGCUUCAUUAUAACAUGCAAAGUCUUCAUCCAUCAAAUGCUUCAUAUGGAGGUGCAUAUACUACUGCACUCUCGCAACUUGUCUUCUCUGCCAUUGCUCAAGCAGCAAGUGAUUCAUUGGCUGUCUUUGGUGAGGAGCCUGCAUAUGCAUCCGAGCUUGUGACUUGGUCGAUCAAACAAACUGUCUCUUUUGCCCAUCUAGUGAAGAGACAUGCAUUAGCCUCAUGUGCUGCAGCAGGAGGUCUAAGAGCUGCUGCUGAGUGUGUUCAAAUAGCUUUGGGUUAUUGCUCUUUGCUAGAAGCUCGUGGAUUGGCCCUCUGUCCUGUCUUGUUGAAACUCUUUAGACCUAGUGUGGAGCAGGCAUUGUAUGCCAAUCUAAAAAGAAUUGAAGACAGCAGUGCCGCACUAGCUGCUGCAGAUGAUUGGGUACUGACACAUCCUCCACUUGGUACACGUCCAUUAGGUAGAUCUUCCACUGCAUCUCUUGGUAGUGUGAUUUCCUCCCAGCCAAAGCUUUCAAGCAGUGCUCACAAAUUCAAUUCUAUGGUUCAGGAAUUCUUUGAGGAUGUGGGACCACUCCUGAGCAUGCAGUUGGGUGGUCACACAUUGGAAGGUUUGUUGCAAGUAUUCAACUGCUAUGUAAACUUGCUGAUAAAUGCGUUGCCAGGUUCAAUGGAUGAUGAGGGAAACUUUGAAGGUUCUAGGAAUAAAAUUGUUAGGAUGGCACAGACUGAAGCCCAACAGAUAGCUUUGUUAGCCAAUGCAUCGUUGUUAGCAGAUGAUUUGCUUCCACGUGCAGCCAUGAAGCUUUCUCCUCUGUAUCAGGCUGGUGGAAAGGAUGAAACCCUUAGAAGAGCUUCAGACAAGCAAAACCGUAUUCCAGAGCAAAGGGAAUGGAAGAGACGGCUUCAACGUUCUGUUGAUAGGUUGCGAGAUAGCUUCUGUCGUCAGCAUGCUCUUGAACUUAUUUUUACAGAAGAUGGAGAUAAGCAUUUGAGUGCAGAAAUGUACAUUAGUUUGGAUGAUAAUGCCGAUGAACCUGAAUGGUUUCCAUCUUCAAUAUUUCAGGAACUUUUCCUGAAACUAAACAGGAUGGCAAUUGCGGCAGCAGACAUGUUUGUUGGAAGGGAGAGGUUUGCAAAUAUUUUAUUUAUGAGACUCGCAGAGACUGUCAUCUUGUGGCUUUCGGAUGACCAAGCCUUCUGGGAGGAGAUUGAAGCUGGUCCAAAGGCUUUGGGUCCUUUUGGGCUUCAACAAUUGUAUUUGGACAUGGAGUUUGUGAUUCUUUUUGCAUCGCAAGGACGUUACUUGUCCCGUAAUCUGCAUCAAGUUAUAAAAGACAUCAUCUCUAGAGCUAUUGAAGCAUUUGCUACUACGGGAAUGGAUCCAUAUAGUGUAUUGCCAGAGGAUGAAUGGUUUGCUGAUUUUGCUCAAGUAGCACUGAAGACAUUAACCGGUAAAACUAAGUUUAGCACUGAUCGAGAUGUUGCAAGCCCAACUGCUUCCAUUUCUGCACAAUCGAUAUCAUCAGUUAUGUCUCAUGGAAGCACUUAAUGCUCAGAAUCUUAUCUGAAUAACUAGAAGAAUGAAGCCAGAGCUGUUAGCAUCUACCUUGCUAAAUGAGUUUUCAUCCUGAGAACAUCGCCCACAAUUUUCUGCACCAACCCAUUACUGCCAUGCUGAUAUUUGUAUAUAAAUGGUGAGCAUUCAAGAGGAUUAUACAUAUAAGUAAAACUGUUCUACUUCCAGUAAUUGUGAUGUGCCUACACAUGCCCUGUGGGUUCAGGACCCUCCCUGAAAUGUGAGCUCCCAUCUAAAAAUUCUUUUAGUAGUAUAGUCAACAUAAUUGAGCAUUUGAGUCUCAUACUGAUCCACAUUAAGAACUAUUUUC